CGGGGAAGCGCUGGAGCCGUGCCUUGCCCCGAGCCUCCGGCAGACCCUGCGCGAUCCGGCUGCGGCGGGGACCUCGGGCUUUCCUGAGGAGAGGCUCUGCGGAUCCCGGGAGUGAAGCAGCAUGGACGCCGUCAGCCAGGUCCCGAUGGAAGCCGCGCUCCCCAAGCACAUCCUGGAUAUCUGGGUCAUUGUCCUCAUCAUCCUGGCCACUAUUGUCAUCAUGACCUCCCUGUUGCUGUGCCCUGCAACGGCAGUCAUUAUCUAUCGCAUGCGGACUCAUCCUGUCCUCAACGGGGCCGUCUGAGAUCAGUCUCCCAAGAGUGAUGUGGACGAUGUCCCCUCCCCCAACCUCUUCCUUCUCCAGAAAGCAGCAAGAGGGGCUUUGGAGUGUGGACUCUGGAGCCUGCCCUGUGAGAGGAGACCGGGGUUCUUGUUUGGAUUCUGCCACCGGCCAGCUGUGUGAGUCCAAGCAAGGGACCUAAUUCUGUGGGUUCCAGGUUCCUUCUCUUUUAAAUGGGGAUCAUGAUCCCUGCCCUUCCUACCUCAUAGGGUUGCAAGGACCAAUGACUCGGUGGAGAUGAAAGCUGUUUGCGAUUGUGAGCAGUAAGGCCGCCACUGUGAGGUGUUACUGCUCAAUGCUGAGAAGCUUCGAAGAACCAAAGCACCUAAUUGCUGACAAUGGCCUUCAAGGAGGUGAAGAAGACGCUGGGGGCAGAACAGCCUUCACCAGCGCCCCCAAGGUCAAACAAAGCAAAGGCAUCCUGUCCUCAUUCCAAAGGGCCAGCAGCACCUUGGCUCAAAGACAUUUUCUUUGUGGUGCCACUCCCUCAAGUUAUGUAAUUUGGAGGGAAUUGAGCGUAUUAGGGGGAGGGAGUUGGGUGGAGCUUCCCAGGACCUCCUCUGUGCCAGAACAUCUACCCCUGUAACAACCUAAAGGAGGCUCCGCUAUUUCUUGGCAAUGCCAAGGGAUCUGGGGUGAUGGGCUUCUUUCUGCAUUGGGAGUCUCCUCGCUUUGACACUCAAGCAAUGUUGGGAAACACAGGGUGGCUGAGUGGCCUGGGCAGCCUUCAGGAUCUCCAGCCCCCCCCCCACUUGUGUGCCCCACAUUUGAGGAGCUCUGUACCCCCACCCCGAGCACCCUCUGUAACCAGCUCCAUGGUGUAAAGUGUCCACCCUUCAUUCCCUCCCACCAGCACUGCAGCCAGUCUAAGCUACAGAUUUUAAGAGAUGUUCCCAGGAUUUUUGGAACUAACUCAAAACAAUGGUUAUUUUAGAUGGUAUGAUCUAUAUUUAUAGAGAGAGAUUUCUGGACCACUCAAGCUUCUUGACCAAAAUCAGGAACAUCUUGGGAUGUAUUAAAUUAUGUAAAAAGAUAGCACAGAUGUCAGAAUAUUGUGUGAACUGAUGCUUUUAUGUGGUCUGAUUUCAUUGAUGUAUACAACCAAUUUCCAAUAAAGUGCUAGAAUG